CAGCAGCAGCAUCAGCAUCAGCAGGCAAGUCACCGCCACUGAAAGCGCAAUUCGGAGUCAGCUUGACAGAUUCCUGCGACUGUGGCUACAUGGAUGAAGGCAACACCUGGAGCGACAUGUGGCACAUGGACUUCCAGCCAUGGCACACUACCCAAAAGAUCAACGACAUUUUCGUCGCGCGCUACAACAUUGAGGCCAAAUACGAAAACACACGGGACCGCACCUUUGACGUCCAGAACGUCAGGCUCAAUCCUGCUCCCGGCGGUGGCCUGCAACUCGCUGUCACCGUCGAGGACAGCGGCAGCACCAUACGUUGCGCCGGCUUUGGCACCCAGCGCCAAGACUUUCUGUACGGCUCAUUUCGAAGCUACGUGAAGACGACCAACGUCAAUGGCACCGUCGCUGCAAUGUACAUUUACAAUUCCCAAGAAGAGAUUGAUAUUGAAAUCUUGAGCGCCGUCUCGCCGCCGCAGUCCUAUUUUGCGAUCCAUCCGGGACUUUUGGAGAACGGCCGUGCAAGCCAUCUCACGCACGACAACCAUCACCUAGGCUUUGAUCCGGCGGUCGAGUUCCACGAGUUUCGCUUCGACUGGACGCCCAACCUGUGCAUCUUUUAUGUGGACGGCAUAGAGGCGCAGCGCAUGGUCACGAAUAUUCCCAGCUUGCCUGGACGGCUCAUGUUUAACCACUGGUCGGAUGGCAAUCCCAACUUUAGCCAAGGCCCUCCCGCAAGUGAUGCCAUUUUUGAAGUCAUGAACAUCACCGCGUUCUUCAACUACAGCAUGACGGACCCUAAAACGGGAUUUAAUACAACCGCCCCGGCAAAGUGUAGCAAGACUCAGCAGCCCUGCAAUAUCCGGGGUACGUUGGUUUACAAUGGAUAGAUGGAAUGAGUUUUAUUGGGAUAGGAUGAUGGAAUA